CUGAACUCGAAGCUCUUUACUAUCGGUUUCGUUUCGCUACCACGUAAAGUCUACAGGAUUAGAAAACAUCUUGAAAAAAGCAGGGCCUUUUGAAGAAUAAGAUGAAUCAGUUUUCCAAGAAUUUGCAAAACGUGACUGAUCCAUCAGAAUGGAAAUCUACUAAAAUCCCAGAGCUAUCCCAGUUUGAUUCCUUGCAAAGAUGUUUCAUUUGUAAAGAAUUUUUAAGAGCCCCCGUCUCAACAGCAUGUAAUCAUACUUUUUGUUCUCAGUGUAUUCGUGAAUAUUUGGUUAUCAAUAGUCAUUGUCCAUUAUGUCAAACCGAACAGUUUGAAAGUAAUUUGAGAAGGCAGAUAUUAUUAGAAGAGAUAGUUGCAUGUUAUAGUUCAUUUCGUCCUCUACUAUUGAGUCAUUUGAAAGAAGAAGACAGUGGACUGAAUGAAUCGGAAAGAAAAUCACCAGGGGUUGCAAAUACUGAAGUUAUCGAGGUGAUUUCAGAUAGUGACAGUGCCAAUGACAGCUCGACAGUGCUUGGAAUGGAACCAGCAAACAAAAAGAUGAAGACGGAAUGUAUCUCCCAUGAAAUGAAUGGCAACAGUGAAAUAAGGUCUGUGGAAGUAAAAGAAUCAAUACCGUCUCCUCAAGAAAUGGUUUCAUGUCCCAUAUGUUCUGAACAAAUGACUGCCGAACUUUUACAAUCUGAACAUAUAGAUGAUUGUUUAACUGGAAAGAAGAAUUUUCGUAAAUCCAAGUCACCAGGGAUAACUACUAAUUAUCAAUCUCAAAAGAAGAGACCAAAUUCCAAAACCGCAAUUUCAUCAUUUUUCCAACCCAUUAAGCCAAAAUCAAGUCAACCUGCCAAUAAGCCUCGUAUCGAUCAUGAGAAUUUUUAUUUUAAUGAAGUUAAGAACCAUAAUCGUGAGGAUAUUAGAAGACUUCCUAAAUUGAAUUUCAGCUCAUUAACUACCCCAAAACUAAAAGAAAAAUUAGCAGCAAUAAAACUUCCUACACAAGGCACACGAUACCAAUUAGAACUUCGUUAUAAUCAGUACUAUAUAUUGUUCAACUCAAACUUAGACAGUAAUCAUCCGAUACCGGAAAAAUUGUUGAAACAAAAACUCAAUCAGUGGGAAUUGUCCCAUCUGGCUUUCUCUGCAUCUUCCUCGACCUCAUUGUUUUCGUCCAGAAAUAGUUUGAGUAAUAAAUCUAUUACAGACAAGGACUUUCUGGUAAAGUUGUGGGUAGACACCUACAAAGACGAAUUCAAAGACUUGGUGACGGCUGCUAAAAAAACAAUGCACAAACAAAAUGAUUCUAAAAGUGAAGUCAUCACUCAAACUCAACCUCAACCGCAAGUUCACGAGCCUACCGACGGUGAGCAUGAAACUACCAACAUUGACAAUCAAGAGGAUUCAGCGCAAGACAAAGAAUUAACGACCAACGGUGCCAAUCUUGACUUUUCUCGGAGUUUACUUUUCCUUGAUGAUAAGUAGACCCAUUAUUAAUUUUUGCAUUUUUUCUUCACCAUUGUAUAAUCCACAUCAUCCUAUGCUCAAUGUAAUUAUCCGUAACCAAUGAUAUACUGUUUAAUUGAUGUAGGAAGCGUAUCUUCUUAGAACCUAGGUUAAACCGCACUGAUUUAAGUAAUUAAAUCCCGCGCAAAACUGUUCCGUUUUUUAGGUCAAAAACAUUUAGACCGGCUGAAAAUCCCGUAAAAAAAAAAAA